CCCUGUUCGAAAAUAUGCUAGACGUAACGCGUGCGUUCGAGCAGGGCCUAGUGCCGAAUCAAUUAAUCGGAGAUUAUACGGGAAUUAAUCGGGGAGUAAUUUAAUGUACUUAUAUGCGUUUUUAUCGGUUUAUAUAUUAAAUAUGUGAAUUAUUGACAAUAUUGGCGCAUGGUGUAGUGGUCAGCGACCUUUGUUAAGUGUCACCCAUCGCAGGUUUGAAACCCCUAGUGCGUUUUUGAUCUAUUUAAUCAGUUUUUAGGUUAUAUGAAAUUGAAAUUACAGAAAUAACCUUAUCUUCUUCCUCACAUCUGCGAUUUUCAGAACAAGUUAGAGCAAGUCCAUUGAAGGUUCAUAGGCGGGUCAUGGGCUGAGAGUCAUAGGAUUUUUAAUCCAAAAGAAAAUAAAAAAUGGAUCUUUAUCGCUGAACCGGGCCGUUGGAGAGAGCCCGCAUGAAACGAGUUCAAGCCACGUGGAGAAGAGUUAUUGGCUGGUGAGACGCGCGUUGUCGACGGGGAAUGAAGAAGAAACGCGUGAAUCUCCUCAUUUCCUCCUCUCUCCAAAAAAGCUAGGGUUUGCGACUCGAGAGGCGAUUCUUGUAGCGACGCCGACGAUUCUUGUAGCGACGCCGAUCCAGAGCACAAUUGUCCAUCAAAUCGACGACGUAGUGAAAUCUCAUCGAGCUGAGAUGGAUCCCGCAGAAGAAAGACGACAUUCAAAGAAGCAAAAGGAUCACUGCGACAUGUUAGGGUUUGUCGCGGAUUCACAGUACGGGGUUCCAAGAAAGUGUGCUUGCGGCGGGAGAAUCAUUGACGAGGUUCGGGGGAAGGAAGACUACGACAGUCUUCCUGGAAAGUGUUUCUUCACAUGCGUAAACUAUGAGGAUGAUGGGUUGCAUUACCGUCAUCCUUGGGUGGUUGCUGUCCAGGAGGAGAUCAAAACGCUGAGCACGCGUCUGGAUGAGGCAGAGGAGGUUAUGAAGGGGGUGUGGAAACUCAAUAAACGGAUUGAGGACCUGGAGGAACAGGUUUCAACCCUGUCUGAGCAGGUUGAUUAUCUCACUGUCGAGGUGGGUACCCUGGAGAAGGUCUGUUUCGACUGAUAAUCAGAGGUACGUAUGAAUAUUUGCGUGAAUUAAUAAGUACAACUAGUUAAAUGUUUGCGUGAAUUAAUAAGUAGAACUUGCUAAAUGUUUGCGUGAAUUAAUAAGUAGAACUAGUUAGAUGUUUGCGUGAAAUAAUAAGUAGAACUAGCUAAAUGUUUGCGUGAAUUAAUAAGUAGAACUAGUUAAAUAUUUUUUGGUUCCUCUGAUUGUAACUAGUAGUCUGAGUUGGUUGGUUCUUCUGAAUGUAUGAAUUUUUUCGUUCCACUAAACUGAACUGAACUAGUAGUCUGAGUUGGUUGGUUACUCUGAUUGUAUUAAUAAGUUACAACGAAAAGUACAGUGUAAUUAACUCUGUGUUGGUUGGUUGGUUGCUCUAAUUGUGUUGAGUAGUUGAUUGUAUUAAGUGGUUGAUUUGAUGUGUAAUGACUGCUCUCUGUGAAGUAGUUGUUCUAUAGUGGCUUUUAUAUUGAAUGUUUUGCAGCUAGAGUUUAAUUUUUCUCUCUUGUGGUCGCUUAAACUAGUUUAAAUAGAGUAGCCAAACCCCAUUAACUUAUUACAUCAACCUAAACCAUAACAAAAAUGGAUCCCUUUACCAUAAACUCUCCCGGGUUUACUUCGCUCUUAGCUUCGCAGAGCAGUCCAGCAAUGGACUGCGACUUUGCUGAGGCAGUAGGCAACUCUCCCGGGAUAGUGAAACCGGUCCUAAAGAGAAAGUGGUCAACAAAAGAAGACCUAGUGCUCAUCAGUGGGUGGCUGAACACGAGCAAGGAUGCUAUUGUCAGUAACGAGCAGAAAGGAGGAUCCUUUUGGAAGAGAAUUGAGCUCUACUUCAAUUCAAGCGCUCAGCUUACUGGCUCAGUUGCUAGAGAGUGGAGUCAGUGUAAGCAGAGGUGGGGAAGGGUGAACGAGCAGGUGUGCAAGUUUGUGGGGAGUUAUGAGGCGGCUUUGAAGGAGCAAUCUAGUGGUCAAAAUGAGAAUGAUGUCAUGAAGGCUGCCCAUGACAUCUUCUUUAAUGAUUACCAUGCGAAGUUCACCAUGGAACACUGUUGGAGGGAACUGAGAUAUGAUCAGAAAUGGAAGUCAUACUCCAAGUCCAGAGAUGGCGGGAAGGAGAAAAGGAAGGAGAAUGAAGAGGUGAUGCCUGAGGAGGAGGUUAGACCGGCGGGUGUAAAGGCUGCGAAAGCAAGCAAGCGCAAGCGGCACGGGAAUGAAGCUGCUUUCGAUCAAAUAGAGAGCAUCCUGGCUGCGAGAAAGAAAAUAUCCCAGCAGAAACUCCUUGAUCGUCUCCUUGCCAAAAAUGACACUGAUCUAUCUCCAAACGAAAUCAGUCUCAAAAACAAACUCGUUUCUGAACUGCUAGAUUGAAUUGGUUAACUACUGUUUUUUUCAUUUCCUAACUUUGUUGCUUAGUAGAAUCUCUGUUUUUUCAUUAUUUACUUGCCUCAAUAUGUUUAGUUAUUAAGUUUGUAACUUGGUAGAAUCUUUGUUUCUUAUUAUUAACUUGCGUGAAGAGAAAGAGUUUUAAACUUUGUAGUUUGGUUUUUGUUUUGCAGGUCACGGGAUUGUCAUCAUGUCUGGAUCAGGGGUUGCUAUGUCUGAUGUUGCUUGGCUGUUGUUGCUUUUUCUCUACGGAUGCAGUGUACUAUUUUGUUAGUUUGUACACUGCUACUAUGUUCUGAAUUCACGGGUUGUACUUUGUUUCUACACUACUUUCAUGUCACGGGUUAUGUAACAAACAAGCAUAUAUUAAUAUGCUCUCUUCAUGUAUGUUUCUAAAUGAGAACUCAACUUCUUCUCAUUGUUUCUCUGUAUCAUCAUAUAUAUUUCAUUACUAACCAAAAACACAACUUCUGUUUCGCACUUGAUCUAUUACAAACUAAGCACACAAGAGCAUUUGAACAUUUCCUCUUGUAUUUCAUUUCCAAAGAGUAAUCGGGUAUAUUUCAAUUUUGUUUCGCACUUGUAUUUCACCAUCCGUAUCAUAUUUAUUACAUAAUUUACUCUUUCACAAGAGCAUUUCACUUUUGUUUUGAUAUAUAUGAUUUAGAGUUUUGUAUAAUUUGAUAAUUAUCACAAGCACACACAAACCAACGUCUGAUAUAUAUGAUCUAGAGUUUUGUAUAAUUUGAUAAAAUUUUAGUUUGGAUAUUUUGAUUUUAAAAUUGUAAAAUUUUAUAUGAACUAGAGUUUGGUAUUGUUUAAAACUUACUUAAUUAUAUAAUUGAUAAUUUCGCUACACACAGUUUAUUUUAACAUUUUAAAAAUGUUAGUUUGGAUUAAUUCAUUUUUUUAUUUUAUACUAGGCAGAUAAUAAAAUUGAUAAUUUUAUUAUUUGUUUUUUUUUAAAUAAGGGAAAAAUGUCAAGCUCCUCAAAUGAUGAAGUAUAUGAAGUAUUUGAAGAAAUGGUCGACGAACAAAUUGAUGAUUUCAUCGACUCCGUUAUUGCCAACGACCCGAAGAGACGAGUGUAUAUCGAAAGAGAUCGGGAACAAGGACACAAUCAACUAUGGCACGACUAUUUUAGUGAAAAUCCAACAUACCCACCAGAAAUGUUUAGGCGGCGUUUUCGAAUGAACAAACCUUUGUUCCUUCGCAUUGUCGAACGCCUAAAUAAUGAAGUUCCAUACUUUCAGCAACGAAGAAAUGGUCACGGAAGGUGCGGCCUAUCUGCACUUCAAAAAUGCACUUCAGCAAUACGAAUGUUGGCAUAUGGCAAAGCCGGAGAUGCGAAUGACGAAUAUCUCCGACUUGCGGCAAGCACUGCACUUUUAUGUUUGGAAAAUUUCACGGAUGCGAUAAUACUAUUGUUUGGAGGUGAGUAUCUAAGAAGACCUACACCAGAAGAUCUUCAAAGACUACUUGACGCUGGAGAGGCACGCGGGUUUCCGGGUAUGAUAGGCAGCAUCGAUUGUAUGCAUUGGGAGUGGAAAAACUGCCCAACGGCUUGGAAAGGUCAGUACACACGUGGUUCAGGAAAGCCGGCAAAUGUCUUAGAAGCUGUGGCAUCACAAGAUCUUUGGAUAUGGCACUCAUUUUUCGGAUUACCAGGUACCCUCAACGAUAUCAAUGUUCUUGAUCGGUCACCAGUUUUUGAUGACAUUUUACAAGGUCGAGCACCUAAAGUUAAGUUCAAGGUCAACAACCACACUUAUCGUAUGGCCUACUAUCUUACCGACUGAAUUUAUCCUAAUUGGGCAACAUUUAUCCAAUCCAUCAAACUCCCUCAAGGUCCUAAAGCAGAGUUAUUUGCUGAACGUCAAGAAUCCACCAGAAAAGAUGUCGAACGGGCUUUUGGAGUAUUGCAAUCGAGGUUUGCAAUUGUUAAAAACCCAGCUCUACUAUGGGACAAGGAGAAGAUAUGAAAGAUAAUGAGAACUUGUGUCAUAUUGCACAAUAUGAUAGUGGAGGACGAACGACACGGAUACAUUCAAAUUGAUACAUCUGAGUUCGAGUCAGGAGAGUCUAGUCGAAGUUCAAAGGUGAAAAGUAGAGAAAGUGUCAAUGUCCCUAUGCUUACCAUUCGCAAUCAAAUUCGGGAUCCACAUUUACAUGAGCGUUUGAAAGCUGAUUUAGUUGAAAAUGUUUGGGAAAAAUAUGGUAAUCAUGAUGAAUAAUCUUUGUAUGUUCAUGAAUUCUCAAUGUAUUGAAUAAAAACUUUUAAGAAA